GCGCCAUAUUUUUCCCGCGGAAAAAUAGUUAGGGUUUAGUCUAAGGUACAUUAACUUGGGAUAAACAUGGGUAGUUAUUAAACCUAAAAUUAAAAAUAUACUUUUUUCGAUCGAAUAAAGAAUUGGGUGCUAUUAGUAAAUAUUCGCUCAUAUUAAUAUUUGAUCCUUCCCCAUAAACGUAGUAGUACACAGCUAGAGUCAGCUGGCGUUUGGCUUUACUAAGAAAGUUUUUUCAUUUUAAAUAUUUUCGUUAUUUGUGAAAAUGGUAAAGAAAUCACUAAGAUAAAGAACAGAAAGUUCAACUCGUUCCUACCAAAAAUAUAAGAUAUCACAAAUCGUGUUAUUAAUGGGGAUAAUUAUUAAGUGGCCCAUUGAAGCAUUAAUUCGGCUGUCAUUCCCAGUAGGGUCUUGUAAUCUACGUCCUUGGUUCCCCAAAAUUUCCAGCAGUGACAAUGACGUCGGCGGCAGACUCACCAGUGACAAUGACGUCGGAGGAAGUCCUAGUAUUGACGUCGGAGGAAGUCCAAGAAAACGCUGGUGCCGGAGCCAGUGACACCACCCAGGAUGAUAAUGUCGCCGAUCUCAUAUUUCUACAGCCUGAAGAUAUUAAAAAAAUGAAGUUCGAUGAUACAGAAGAAGUCUAUGAUUUUGACUCGCUACGACACAACACCUAACAAUGGCCAAGUGUAACCAAUGGAAGGGACUGCAGUAUAGUGGCUCAAGUGAUAAAUAUCGAAUCCACGGGUCUCUAGAGUUACUAUUACUCAGCUUCAGUUUAUUAUUUAGCAAACCAGAUUAAGAUAAAAGAACUAAAACUACUCUAGCAAACUACAGUUAAAGUUAAUCUAAUUACAGGUUGGGAACUCACUUAGGUAUGAUUCCCCCUAGCCACUAGCCAGACUAACGAUUGAUGAUUUCCAACUUGUUUCACUUUCAUUCACAAUGCGGAGAAUCCUUGAGUAGACCUUGAGUCUCGACUAAAGGAACAAGGCCCUCUUGAGUCAAUUGCCUAGAGGGACGUAUCCUUCUCUAGAACAACUGAUCAAGGCGUUCUGAACUAGACUCCCUCUAUCGAAAGAGGUUCUCAAUCGAUACAAAGCAGUGAAUCAACCCUCGACUAAAGCAAUCGAUCCACUACUAUCAAUCUAUGGUGCUCUAUUGACCUAAUCAGGUAUUCCCUCUCAUAGAAUCAAAGCAGAAUCAAUAAUCUCGACUAAAGCAGAAUUGAAUCAUGAAAACAUGCAUAGAUUGAAUAUGAACUCAAGAUUAUCAAGUCAGAGUACUCAUACAAUCAUCCAAUCAAACAAACAUAGCUAGGGUUCCUCAAAACCUAAGUGAAGGGAAGUUACUCCAUAGAGAAGAGAGAGACUGCAGUAAGAAUCUUCAGAUGAUCAGUCUUCAAGUCCGAGCUUGUUCCCCAAGCUUCCAAGGCGAAGAAAUCCUCCUUCUCUACUCCAAGAAUGCCCUCAAAUCGCCCUCUCUCUCUAGGGUUCGUCCCUUGGGUGUUUGGGAUCCAAAACCCAGCUCUCCCUCCUCUUUGGUUCGGAAUUUGGCUUAAAACCAGGAAAUCCCGACUCGCACGGCCGUGCAUAUCACCAUUCUGGCCGUGCAACUCAAAACGCAGCGUGUCAUUUAGUCGAACUUCAGCCCUCUCGCACGGCCAGGGUGCACGGCCGUGCGAGCUUCAGGGGUUGCCCGUGCGUGUCCUCGGCAUAAGGCGCACGGCCAUAUUGCUCACGUGCACGGCCGUGCAGCCUCCCUGGUCUGCCCGUGCAGCUUGCUCAGCCUCUGUUUAAUGCUUCGUUUCUCCCUCGUCCGGACUCCGAAUCAAUCGCCGUUUGAUCC